CAUCAUCGAGCAUAAAUACUUCCUGUUAAGAAUUUUCAACUCGUAUCAAGCCACCAUACUCGGUCACACGACUGUUUUAAAACUCUCGCUUGAAGGUUUAAUGCAAUUUUUUUAAGUAACGUUCCUUCCCGUUCCAAGCCAGGAGGAGAGUCUAUUUUAUUAUUUUCUUCAAGACCUAUUACUUCGGCGUUUACGUUGGAAGUUGAAGCCUAUCUUUCCCACAACGAUCACAAACCAGGUGCUUCCAACAUGGCUAUGGUGAAGAGUGGCUGGCUCCACAGGCAAAGUACCAUACUGCGACGCUGGAAGAAGAACUGGUUCGACCUGUGGUCCGACGGACGGCUAGUCUUCUACAACGACCAGCAACGGCGGGACCUGGAGGACGACAUCCACAUGAGGGUGGACUGCAUCAACAUUCGCGGUCCCGCCGCGUGUCAAGAGUUGAACCCUCCGGACGGCAAGACUCGCGACGCGUUGCUCCAGAUUGUGUGCAGGGACGGAAGGGUUAUCAGCCUGUGUGGAGACAGCGCAGAUGAUGCCCUGGCAUGGGCUAUGGCACUAGAGGAUUCCAGAAUUAACACGAUGGUCACUGCUUCUCAGGUGGGCUUCACGCCAAAUUUGAUGGCCUCUGCUCCGCCACCAUAUGAUCCCUCACCCCAGUUCUACACUCAAGGCCCAUACGGAGAUUAUGUCGCAGCUUCUCCUCAAACGACUCAGAUCGUAUACGCCGCUGACGGGCAGUCCUACGCCGUUGCCUACCCUUACCAGUACCAAGGUGACUACGGCGCGCCCGGCGUCAACCACGUGGUGAUUGAGGAGCGCCACCGCGACAACGGUGACGGCAUGGCCAUGGGGGUGCUGGCAGGAGCGGCCACGGGUCUGGCGCUGGGCUCGCUCUUCACUGUCUUCUAAGUAGUUUGCAUGUCUGUGUUCUACUAGAGCCGAUAUGUUUUCCUCUCUGUGUAGGAAGCCUUGUCCUAAAAUCUUAAAUCCAGCACUUUCUCCAAUGCAGCGCUAUGUGAAGCUUGACAUGAACCAACGUAGAUUUUCGAAGGUUAAAAAUGGCUAACUUUGUUUUUACGCAUUACACUGUACUUUUGAGCUUAAAAGCCAUAUCAUUGUUUUGUGUUUUGUUCACUAUAUUGAUAAUGUUUUAUUUUUAUAUGUUCAAAUUCUUGGAAUUUUUAGUUACACCAGCUACACUCCCGAUUUGCAUUUCAAACAGAAAAGUUCCCAAGUGGGCUGCUCUGUGAGGUCAAGAACUUCAUUUCAACAAGUCUUUUUUUUUUUUUAAGUGAAGGAUGUUAUUUACAAGCAAAGUUGUGAAGCUAAAUGUGCUAAUAUAUUAUGAAUGUCCCUGCUAAAUCCCUGACUGUUCAUCCAAGAGAUGUAUUUUAACAAUUAAAUGUAUUCAUAAUGA